AUGCAAGCAACAAAGAGACGGAGAGAUGUGACUGAAGACUCAAAUGAAGAAGGUAAUUUCUAUGGUAAGAAAAUAAGCCCUCCUAUACAUGAAGCUAAAAGUAAAAAUGUGAUCACUCACUGUAUAAUGUAAGGUUGUUGCCACCUUGGUCAUAAUUGAAAACAUUUGGCUGAAACCAUCCCUCCUCACAAAGUUGGGAAGAACCCACUCAUUUUUAAGCUAGUGAGUGAUUACUAGUCCUUUUAAAAAAAACUUCUGCAUGUGGACCAACUUUAAGAGAACCUUUUGUAAGGGCCAAUUUACAUGGAGGCAGAAAGAUUUUAGAACUACGGAUAUCUUAGAAGGGGGGACAACUUGUCAUUUGGUUAAUACAUGCAAGGACGUGGUCAGGUUAACUGUUAACUGCGCAUGCCUUUCAACAGAGGCUCCUUUUGGCUAAAUCUGGCAGUUUCUUUUUUAUCCUUUCCUUGUGAGGCUGAAAAAUGUGAAGCCCAUCUUCCUUCAACAUGUAAUCUUUCACUACAUUCUAAAGAAUUGAUGCUGUUGUAUUAGUACUUGCUGCUUUUCUCUUCGAUCUGUAUCUCUGAUUUGAGCCACAAUUGUAUUUUUCAACAAAACCGGUCCCAAAUGUUACACCCUCAAUCAGAAACUACCAAAAUAAUCCGUUAAUGAUGACAGACAAAACUGUCCUGAACUUUCAGUUAGCAAAGAAAUAUUCAAAAAUUCAAAUACUCAUACCACAAAUUCCACCUCUGAUGAUUAAAAAAGACAUUGGUUUUGCCAAUUUGUACAUGCAUAUUAUAUGAAGGCCAAGUUUUAGCUAAAACUUUGGGAUUUUUAACAUUUAAAUUUUAUGUACUGUUUAGUGCUGCGCCAGUUUACUGCGAGUUUUCUGAACAGCUUCAAAAUCUCUGAUAUAGAUCAACUCAUUCUUGCACUUAUAUGUUUUGGUCUAAAAAAUUGGAAGUAAAGUUUAGCUGUCUCUUUAUCAGAUAUAAAGACACUCAUAACAUUAAUGUCUUUUGUUUUUUAUUUAUGAAUUAUUAAUGAGUUUUUGAAAAGAAUUUAUCAGUCAGUAGGUGCAUGGACACGGCAAAAGAAGAAAUUUAAUUAUUACUAACAGUACAAUCGUAUUGGUUAUUGCUGUGAUAUAUAGCACUGUUUCAGUAAAAUACAAUAUAAUCCUGGUGCUAUAAAGAUAUUGUACCUUGUUACAUGAAAUUUUGGCGUGAUUAUGAAAAACCCUUAUUUAGCGGCACUUUAAUAUCGCGAUUUUUCAUAAAUUUUGGAAUGUAAGUCACUUAAUUAUCGUGAUUUUACUAACUGAAACUUAAGCGAAUGUGAUAAAAAUAAUCAUAAACGUCAAUUGCUUCAUUUAAAUCAAAUUCAUACGUUCUGAUAAUUUUGAACGAAACUGCCACUGUAAUGUCAUAUCUUAGUGCUGUCCUCACUGAUAUUUAAGGUACAUGGUCACAGAAAAGUCAAUGAAACAAGUCAUAAUCAACCUGGUCAAAAAGCAUAUGCACGUCAGUGAAACUUACCAGAUGGCAGAGUUUCAUAUUCUACACACUUUAAUUUAGCAACAAUUUAAAUUUAGCGACACUUAAUUUUGUGCAUUUUACUUUAGCCAUUUUUAAAAAAAUUGCUUAACUCGCAAAAUUAAAGUGUCGCCAAAAUUUCAUGUCAUAGGGUACUUAUUUCCAGUGUUAAAGUUUACAAUGUUUAGUAUGAAGAGAGCCAAUCUUACAUCUCAGUCUCAUACAAUGCUAGUGGCAAAAAGGUGCAAGAUCCAGGUUUUGACACUUUUUUUCUGUGUCUUUGCAACCUGCCAUUAGCACCCCAUAUUGUUAUAAAUAUUAUAUAUAUUAUCUUAUUGAUUUUAUCUGUUAUAAUAUCAUUAAUUUUAAUUAUAACUUCUUUUUAAUGCACUGAUUAGGAUCUAAGAUAAUAAGAACUUCAGAAGAUUCAACAAGCAGAUCAGAGAACAGUGAUGGCAGUGCACCCCAGCUUACCACCGAUUUUCUGGAGGAUACAACCAGUAGAUCAGAUGGAAGUGAUGGUUCUGCACGACAGCUUACCAGCCGUCUCCCUUCUUGUGUAAACAAUACUGCAAGCAAUGCAAAGAAGCCCAUUAGGAGCCCUCCUGAGCUUAAUAAAGUUCUUCCAUCCUUGGGUGACAUCAAAACAAUAACUAAACCUUCAAAAGAUGCUGUUCUCCCUGUUGAUGUCUUGUUACUGACAGUGAAGAAUUGUGAGUUCUUAGCUUGUUACAGUGAACUUAAGAACCCCUAUAGAUGUUACUUUGAUGGUCUUGGAUUUGUUUACUUUUCUGAUGUGGAUAGAAGUCAAGAGAAAGUAAAAGUCGCAUUAUUAAAAUGUUUUGGAAAUAGUAGUGGCCCUGGUGGUUCUCUUGUCUCUGUUAAGAAUGCAGCCACUGUGCUAAGACCUAAAGCAGUUGUAUCUGUUGGUACGUGUAGCAGUCUUUACCCUGAGAAAUGCAAGUUGGGAGAUGUUGUUGUGUCUGCCAAAAUAGCAACAUAUGCACCCAAAGUGGUGAUCAAUAAUCAAGAACAGUCAACUGGCAUGAGAAAUUGUGUGAGCAAACGUUUUCUGGAUGUCAUUAAGAACUGUGCUGAUGGCUGGCAACCACCUUUGAAGAACCUGGCUGAUGCUCAACAACUUCAAGUUCAUACUGCUGCAGAGUUUCUGAGUGGACCAGAACGAGUCAUUUCUGGGCAGCGGUGUGAUCAACUUGCUGAAACCAAUCCUCAGGCAAUAGCAAUGGAAAAUGAAGGAGAAGGUAGGCCGACUGCUUUUUUGCAGCCAGUGUUUAUAAGUAGGUGCACACAGCCAGGUCAAGCUUUGCUUGAGGAGGUGGAAAGAGACUUAAGAGCAUGUGCUUACUUGUACUGGGAAAGCAAAAAUUUGGUUAAAGCAUCAAAAAGUCAGUAGUUUGAUUGGCACUUUAAACCAUGUCUGUCAGUUUCAUUGCAAAAUCCUCUCGUUUUUGCUAGAGAAAUAAUUGUCAUAUUGCCUAAAACAUUAUGCAGCUAAAUCAAAUUUGGGCUAAGUUUAACUCUAGACAUUGCUGGCCAGUUAAGUCAGCCUUUCGAAUGAGAAGGCUCUUCAAGGACCGUGGGGAAUUCACAGCUUCUCUGUUGAGGUCAUACCAUUAGAUUCAUCUAGCUUAUUAACCUUGCUAGUACUUGUCAAAUGUUCUGCUCCUUACUCUACCUUCCCUUUGGCUAUUACAGUGGAAUCCCUUUAAUACUGUCAUCAAUGGGUCAAAACAAUUUGGCCGUAUUAACAGGGUGACCACAUUUCCGGGGCAGGGUCAAACUUCCUGACUUAAGGACUGUGGUGACAAAUACAUCAUACAUCGCUGUCGCACUUAAUUCUUGUACAACUGUGUUCUGUUUAAUAAACAACAGGAAUGUAGAUAUCGCAUACCGUAAUUGUAAAAACUUCUUAAAACUCCUUCAGUACAUAAAACACUUAAAAAUUUGCUAAUAGACCACCACAAUGCAUUGUAAGUGACUCUGUUGUGGUUUAAUUUUAUCCUUGGUUCAAAUUUUCUCUUCUUUUGUUUCAAACUCAUUAUCAUGUUAUUAUCAUACAUUACCAUACCCAAAAACAAAAGAAAAGAAAAUUUGAACCAAGGAUAAAAUUGAACCACAACAGAGUCACUUACAAUGCAUUGUGGUGGUCUAUUAGCCAAUUUUUAAGUGUUUUAUGUACUGAAGGAGUUUUAAGAAACAACUAUAGUUUAAAAACAGUAGAAAAACAAGCUCAGCUUACUAGGUCAAUGAAAUUGACAUGUCACAGGCAUUUUAAUUUUCAAAAUUUCUGGCGAGUGCCUGUAUUAAUGGGGUGAAAUUGUAAAAAAUGCUACUGUUUGGGAUUUUAAAAUGUGGCCAUUGGCCACAUUAAUGGGUGACAAGGGUUUUCAUUAGAAAAUGUAUGGCCAUUUUGGCAGGCCAGAUAAAAAUGGCCAUAAUAACAAGUUGACUGUAUUACCAAGGUGGCCAUAAGGCGGGGUUCUACUGUAUACAAGCUACACUAGUUAGCUGUGAGAUGGUGCCUGAAUUAUUGCCACUCGAAGGGUUGUCAUGGUCAUGAGCAGCUGCACUCGGCUCCAGUUUCCUGGCUCCACAAGACUUGCAGGCACCUCCCCCCACACUCAUCUUUGUUGAUGAAUUUAAAUUAUAUUGUAAUGAAUCUUAUACAAAAAUGGCUACUGACGCCUCCCACUGUCUUGUAAAGUUUCUUAUUUUGCUGAUGAAGACACUUGAAUAAAACAGGACUUUUCCCAAAACUCAUGUACUGUUUGUUUUGCUGUCCUACAGGAGUAUUUACAGCAGCAUUUGAUUGUCAAAUUGAGUGGUUAAUUGUGAAAGGAAUAGCUGACUUUGCAGAUGGCUCUCAGCUGGCUUCUGAGAGUUGGUCUUCCUGUGCCAGUGUGAUGGCAGCAUCUAUUGUUGCACACAUUUUGAAUGAACCCUGUGUUUUCCAUUCAUGGCCUCAUUAUCAAGGUAAUCAUGCUCUAAUUAAGUGCUGCCACAUUUCGGCAAAUGAUUUAUUGAAUCCAUUUUUGGGUUCCUUUCAUGGUACAGUCACAGAUAAGCUACACGAUGUAUGCACUGUGAGUGCAUGCCAUCCCAAAUUCAGCUGUCCAAUACCCACCACUUCUUCAAUUUGUGAAAGAUGAGAUGAAAAUUAAUGUGGUGGAUUUCGUAUGAGUAGUAGAAGUUGUCAUACAAUUUCUACCAUUUGUGUUAUUGGUUAAAGUAAUAUAGUGAAUUUGGUAUGUUUCUGUAAAAUAACAAGAAGCAUUAUAAGUGUGCAUCUCAUUAGGGACCAGGGCCGAGUUGUUCAAAGCUGGGUUAAGAUAACCCAGGGUUAGUGCGAGAUUUGAAGUCAGAUUUGAGAGCUUAAAAAGCAUGUAUGUUUUAUUUCUUUUUGUCUACAAGUUGAUGAUUGGAAGCUUUAAAAAUAACAGAGAAAAUGCUUUUGAACGCAAGAAAGAAAAACCUGGGUUAAAUUCAACCCCGGGUUAAGCGCUAAUCGGCCUUCGAACAACUGGGCCCAGUACAAUUUGAAAGAAUUUGCAAUAUUUGGAAGCUAUCAUGUUAGUCUCGCAUUAUGCCGUAAAUCCUCUAUUAAAGCCCCUCUCAAAUAAGCCCCUUCCUUUUCAUGAGAAGAAAGUUAAUAAGCCCCUCCCCUCUAUUAAGUCCCCUCCCCUCCCCUAAUUAUUCUCCACUAAUUUCCACUUUCCACUUUGUAUUCUAGUUCGUUAUGGAGAGCUGAUACCAUCGCCUUUUUUAAAUUAAUUAAGCCCCCCCUCUCAAAUACCCACCCCCAUGAAAUGGGCUUGAAAUUCAUAUACCCCCGGGGGGCUUAAUGGAGGAUUUACGGUAAUGAUAUUUUGACAUUUGACGUGCAUAUUCUGGACGGUGGUGAAAAUGACAUCAUUGUUCUGUUGGUCAUCAAUGUAUCAAUAAAAUAUCAAUUUUUUUAUCAAUUGAAACUAAUGAGUGUUUCUUCGACAGGACCGCAACCACAAGAGUUAAUCACCCGCUAUGAUGAGAAUAACACUACACCACCAUCUACCGUUCCAUUCAACCUCGAACCCCCGUCAGAACCGCAGCAACAAGAGUCUGUUGACAAUCAAACCGAACAGCAACCAUCAACCGCUUCAUCCAGCAACGCUUCACUUGAUUGGUCAUUCAACCACACUCAAACAAACGACGAAACCUUAGUCGCUCCUUUCAUCGAACGUAUGAAGAAACAUGUCCGAGAUGCCACUGAUAAACCUUACGGAGAUCUUAAUUCACCUUUUCAUAAUCCAGGCGAAGGACCCAGAAGAGAUCUGAAGCUUGACGAAAUCUUCACCAAUUUGAUUGUUUAUGAAGGGAGAGCUAAGUAUGACUUUUCAGGAGACAGAGUGGAACAGCUAAACGAGUACCACAAAGCCAAUGAAAAUUUACGACCAAAACUGCCAGGAGAUAUUUUUGAUAAUUUAGAGCGACAGAUUCUUGUUGUUGGUCGUCCUGGAAUUGGCAAAACUAUGUUUAGCACAAAGAUUCUUCGGAACUGGGCUCAUGAUAAGUUAUUGAACGGAUUACAAAGAUUACAAAUAGAGACAAUAGAUUUUAAAGCUCCUUUGCCUUUUUAUGAGCUCCAGAACUUCUAUAACAAAAUACAAAUAUCGCAAAAGGAUUUUAAAGUUGCCUUUCUCAUCAAGCUGAGGACAUUCAACUCUACAAACCAAAAACUAAAUCUUCGCGAGCUUCUGGAUCACUCAGAGUAUUCAGCAGCUCUUCCCGAAGAGGUCUGGAGCUACAUCCGUAAGCACCCAGAGCGAGUACUGAUUAUUUUUGAUGGAUUUGAUGAAUAUCCUGGUAGGACUGAAAUGAAUAAAGAUGACAUUCGGUACAGAAACAGUGAAGAAGUCAAGAUGCCUGUUCAUCUCCUUAUGAAGAAAAUACUAACGAGAAAAAUUCUUACAGGUGCGACAAUCCUAACGACUAUAAGACCCAAUGCCGUAUCAUCUAUCAGAAGUCUUAACUUUGACAAAACAGUUGAAAUUCUGGGAUUCUCAACUGCGCAAGUAAAUGAGUAUGUGCAGAAGUUUACAAAGGAGGAGGACAAAGCGGAAACCAUAAAGCAACACAUCACCAGUAACUUAAACCUUCUAGCCUUCUGCUACAUUCCUGUGAAUUGUUUCAUCAUUUGUUCGUGCUUGUUAGAGCUGCUUGGCAACACUACUGGCUUUACCAGCCUCCCGACAAGACUGACAGAAAUAUACUCAAUUGCAAUAAAGAUGUUUUACUUAAGUUAUGAUGAAUAUCGCCACCAGAAAGCCGAAGGUCAACAGUUUUUUCUCAAGUCGUUUAAGGAACUUCCUUUUCCUGUGCAAAGCAAAUUCACUAGCCUUGGAAAAAUUGCUUUUGAUGGAAUUACCAAAGGAAGACUUAUUUUUGAAUCAGUCGAAAUUAGCAACCUAGCGAGUAAUGGCCUGUUUCACCGUUUACCUGACACUAGAGACCGUCCUUUAGCAGAGAGAAGAGAACAAUAUUGCUUUUUACACCUGACCAUACAGGAGUUCUUGGCGGCGAAGUAUUUGGUAGACACGUUGAGUUCCGAACAACUGCAGGAUUUUGUUGCCGCUCACAUCCAGGAUGGCGCGUGGAAGGUUGUGAUGCAGUUUGUGGCUGGACUGCUGGCUGAAAAAGAUGAACAAUCAACAGAUAUUUUCAGCGACCUUCUUCCCUCAAAAACGGAUACUAAAGAAGUUGAAAUCAAGUUAAGUGAAGACUCAGACGAAGGAAUUGAAACAUUGAUCUUUUGGCCAGCCGAUGAAGACAAGGCUUUAGUGGUGACGCUAUUCAAUUGCAUGUAUGAGAACAAUGCCUCUGAUCGAAAAGUUCAAAAGAAACUGACGAAAAUUGGUUGUAAUGCGCUUGAUUUUAGUAAUUGUAAACUUUCACCUCUUGACUGUUUAGCAUUAGUGCAUACGCUUAAAUCUGUUAAAGGAAUUUUGGAUUUUGAUUUAAGCUUCAACAACCUUCAGUCGCUAGGAUGUAUUGAGAUUGCGAAGUUGCUGCGUGGCAACGAACACAAUCAGGGUCUCUGCAAACUAAACAGCUUAAACCUCAUGUGGAACCAGAUAACUGAUGAAGGGGUUAAACAUUUACCUGCAGCACUCACACACACUAACUGCAAACUAAACAGAUUAUACCUCAUGAAUAACAACGUAACUAAUGACGGUGUGAAACAUCUAUCUACAGCACUCACACACACUAACUGCAAACUAAACAACUUAUACCUCACGAAUAACAACAUAACUGAUGAAGGUGUUGAACAAUUAUCUACAGCACUCACACACACUAACUGCAAACUAAACAGCUUACACCUCGGGGGUAAUAACAUAACUGAUGAAAGUGUUAAACAUUUAUUUACAGCACUCACACACACUAACUGCAAACUAAACAGCUUAUACCUCUUUAAUAAUAAAAUAACCCAGCAAGGUAAAAGACUCUUAAACUCAAAAAACAUAAACUGUGAAGUAGUUUUCUAA